AUGGCAAGAAGACAUACCAACAGUUGUGUGUACGCGAGAAGUUUUUGGACCAAAACUUUAACGGUUCAUAAUAUAGGCGUAGUUAUUUUAGUUUUAGUAUCAAUAGUAGUAACUAAUUGUCACAAUGAAACGAGAGAAGACGUUAAAGGAAUCGAAGACGAAAUACCUAAGAAAUUAAAGAUUAUAGAAGCAGUGGCUGGAAGAGGAUUUUUGGGUGAUGUUUAUCAAAACGGGACAUUUAAUACUGGGAACGGAUUGUGGGACAAUAUAUUGAAUAAGUGUACAGUAAAACCAACAGUGAGUUGUUUGCAAAAGAAUUUUUACUCGUAUUUAGACGAGAGUUUAGAUUUUAACGGUGACGUUAAUGUUGGUAGUGGUGUGUGUUUUAAAAAGAAUAAUGUGGAUAUGAACAAAUACAGUAAGGAAGCUAAUAUUAUCUACCUCACUGGGAGUAAAGAUUAUGACGAGAGGUCAUUCGAUGAAGAGAAUGAAAUCAACGAUGAUGAUUCUGAAACACCGUUAGAGGAAGUAACUGAUGCUUUAUAUGGUAAAGGAGUUAAAUUCCUAAUGACCCACGAUAUGAAGAUAGAACUACCUGAGCUUAUGUUCGAUGGAGCGACACUAAAAGUAUCUCCAAGGGCAUUGACUAAGACGGGAGCUUUAGUUCAUAUUGACUUAGAACCAAAACAUAGUAACGGAGAUGGCAGAAUAUUUAUAAAUAAAAUAAAAAAAUACGUAAAAAAGAAACUUGUAAUGGCUGCCUUGGCUAUCAUAUUAGUUAUUAAACUAAUCGCAUUGAAGUUGGUAUUCGUGCUGCCUGUCAUACUCGGAGUGACCACAGCUAAGAAAAUGUUCCUAAAAGUACUGCUCUUCCUAUUCCCAGCGUUGAGUCAUAUAUUUAAACUGUGUUCGUGGUAUCACCAGAACUAUCACACAACGAAAUAUCAUCACCAUCAUCAUUUAAUAACACAUCAUCACAAGGUUCCUCAUGGCCCUCCAGCUCAUGUAUACGGCCCACCACAUGGUGCAGUGAUUGUCAAACCACACGAAACCCACAGCCCUUCCUUCGAACAUUAUCCUCAAGAUUGGGAACUAUCUGGUCCCGGUCUUGGAAGCGAGUACUUAUCUGAUAUCCAUCGUAACGCCAUAGCAAGCUUUAAACCACACGAAAAUGACGUGAACGAUAUCAAUUCCUGGGGUCUCGGUCUUCCAGCAAAUUCUCUUAAUAUUGGAGAAUACGCGAGUCCCAGCAAUGCUGUACCAAACACCAUACCCCACCCUAAUUCUGGACAAAAAAAUGUUAUAAGCAAUGGAAGACCCGUUGGACCACUUCAAGUAAAUCCAUAUUAUAGAAAUAAAAAAACUUCUCAACGUGAUCCUUCUCAAGCAGAGAAGGAAGCCUUGAUUCGAGCUGCGGCACUGGCAGCCAAAGCACCGGCUUCUCCCGUUCGAGACGAAUUGAUCAGAGUAUCAACAGCAAAACUAACUGAAAGCAACCGCGUGAAGGCUGAGACGGAGUUGGUAAAACAACAGCAAGAAAUACUCGCAGCACAAGAUCCAGAGACGAUAGCGGCAGAGAAAUUCUAUGGAACUCUCAUAGACAGAAUUAACAUAAUACUCAAUUCUAUUGGUGCAAAGGACUUUGGUUGCCGUGAAAGAGCCAUCUGCGCUCUAUACAGUGACCCCUUUAAACACGCGCCGUACAGCAAUCUAGUGUCUAAUGAGCUAAGCAAAGAUUCCAAUGAACUUGUACCACCAGCUGACAGCAAAAUGGCGCUUCACUAUUUCAGAUAUGUCCAAGCGGCCAGAGACGGUCAAGAAUCCAAAAACUGUGUAGAAAUAUAUCAAAAAUGUAACAUUGAUUACAACAAGAAAUAA